AUGGAUACUCUUCCGACAUCGCCUUUCAUCGGUGUACCACGCAGCACGGGGGCUGUUGUAGUUUUGAACGGAUUCCCUGGCACGGGAAAGCUUACGAUACUAAAACAAGUCAAACAACAAUUGCCCGUCGACAGAACUAUUAUGCUGGACAACCAUCUACUCAUCGACCCUGUAUCUGCAGUGGUACCCGAUCGCAGCGAUAAACAUCACGAGCUACGACGUACUAUAAGAGCGCCCAUUUUUCAGAAGCUCAGACAAAGAGCACACAAUGGCUAUAUCAUUCUCAUGACGGCAUGUCUUGCUGAGGAUAACGCUACGGAUUCGGCCUUCCUUGAGGAGCACCUCGACAUCAUGCGCAUGACCGAUGUACCUAUCAUAUGGUUGAAUCCGCACUACGGUCAGGCAACGCUAGGACAGCGCCUUUUAAGUUCCGAGCGCGGCCAAGGAUCCAAGACGGAAUUGAUGGAUAUUUGCAUGCUUCGGGAUCUGCUGUGUGAUAAUCGGCUCAUACAACCUCACAAGAGCACCGAUGGGUCUGUAAAGCUAGUAGUAAAGACUUUAAAUGCCAGUAGGCCAUCUAAAAAGGUCCCUGGAGCAUCUAAUGAGCGUUAUAGCGUCUCAACAGUGCAUUCAAACAGAAUGAAGCUCAGGCUCCAAACAUCAUGCGAUUAA